AACAAAACCUGUUUCCACUCGAUCGGCAGAUGGAGAGACUGACUGGAGCAGCAGAUACAGGGCAUGGAACCGAGCCARUCAGAAAGCCCUGGAGCUCCCAGACUGGAGCAUCCUCCACCGGGACCCAUUGUGAAAGCCAAGCAGGUUCUCAUGUGGAUUGGUGUAAACAACUGAUUGCAGCCACAUUAUCCAAUCAAAUGUCGCGACCCAUUUCAGCUGACCCUGUGAAUCGAGAAAAUAAGGUAUCCAAGAGACUGAACUCCAGGAGCCUUCAGGUUCUGGGAUAUGGGGCUGGGAUAAAGGUUUUACAGAACAAAGUACCUCUUCUUCCAGGAGAAACCAUCCAGAUUAAAGGUACUGUCUGCAUUUUCUGUCUGUCAAACCUACAGCAUUAUGCUUUUUUUUCAGCUCACAUGAAAAAGUCAAGUGGUGCCAUGGUGGCUCAGUUGGUGAAAGAUGGGUGA